AUGGUAUGUCAGAAGUGGGAACCCAAGGAAGAGUCCCUACAAGGGAUGCCAGAUGGAGUGAGUAGUGCGAAGUCAGAACUGAGACUCACUUCCUACUGUGCCAAGGUACUGCUCGACGUGUACCACGGCACGGUGAAUGACGAGAAGGUUGACCAUCGCCUAAUUUUGGAUAUCAUCAAGUACAUCUGCCUGAAACUGUCGCCGGGAGCAAUCCUUGUUUUCCUUCCUGGUUACGAUGAUAUUCUUGAGCAGUACGAAAUGUUAAAUUGCGGUCUCUGUGGUACGUCAAACUUUCGAAUCUACAUGCUGCACAGCAAUAUGCAAACGAAUGAUCAGAAUGCUGUGUUCAAGCCGGUUCAACCGAACACUCGUAAGAUCAUCCUGUCCACAAAUAUCGCAGAGACCUCGAUUACCAUCGAUGACGUCGUAUAUGUGAUUGACAGCGGAAAAGUUAAACAAAAGCACUACGAUUCGGUGACAUCGACAACUUCCUUGACGGCGACCUGGAUCUCGCAGGAUCUCGCUUGUGCCACGCAACGAGCUGGUCGAGCAGGACGAACGAAGCCAGGUGUCUGUUUUCGGCUUUUCAGUCGACAAAGGUUUGACGCGAUUGACAAGUUUACGCUGCCUGAGAUCCUAAGAGUUCCUUUGACGGAAAUUUGCUUGCAAACGUCGAUUAUUGUAAGCCAUACUUCGAUUCUGAACUUCUUGAGCAAGGCCAUACAGCCACCGUCUACGAUGAGCAUCAAGCAAAGCAUAAAGCUACUGCAGAAGUUGGGCGCUUUGGAUGACGACGAGAACUUGACAGAAUUGGGGCUUAUUCUGGCGGACUUGCUGGUGGAUGCCCGAUUCGGAAAGAUUUUUGUUCGAAAGAUUCUGUUGUUCGGGAUAUUUUUGAAUCGCAUCGAUCCGGUGCUGACCAUCGUCAGUGCGCUGAGUGUGAACGAUCCUUUCGUGCUGCCGACGACUGCUCUGGAUAAGGAUAAAGCGUCCAAGCUGAAGCGGGACAUGGCGGAGGAUUCGUACAGUGAUUGUUUGUGCUUGCUGAGGGCCUUCCAGAAGUGGAAUGAGCUUAAGCCGUCAAUGAAGGAGCGUCAGUUCUGCAAUCGCUUCUUUUUUAAUUUGGGCACGAUGGACACUAUUGGAAGCCUUCGGAGUAAGAUUCUCGGCCAUUUGCGUUCGGUGGGUUUGGUGAAGAGUUACGGGUCCGGCAAUAUCCAGGAUCUAAACCAGAACUCCGACAACUGGCCCGUGGUAAAAGCCAGCUUGGUAGCCGGUUUGUAUCCCAACAUCUGCCGUGUGGAUAAGGAAAAUGCCACAAUCAAAACCCGCAUCGAUAAGAAGAUAAGUCCUCAUCCCAGCUCUGUCAUCAGAGACAAAUCGUUGAAGAAAAACAAAGAAAGCAUCCUGUCUCUACCAUCGGAAUGGAUCGUAUUCGAGGAGAAGACGCGAGCGGGAAUUCACUGCCUGAUUAAGUGCAAUACGGUUGUAGCGCCGGUUACUAUCGCGCUAUUUUGCGGUCCUCUGUUUUUGAACGAAGAAGAGUCGCUUCUCUCUUGGAAAGAUUUGGAUGAAUCCAAUUCGGAUAACGACGAGCAUGACAUGUCAGACAAGAGCAAGUUAAUCGUGGACGAUUGGAUUAACUUUGCCGUGGAUAGCAAUUUCGGAACUUCGGUGUUCCAUUUUCGGCACAAGCUGAGUGCGCUCUUCCUCAAGUUCAUCAGCCAUCCGAGAUCAUAUCAGCCGAAUGCGAACGACUUGUACCUGUUGAACUCGGUGGCCCAGCUGCUGAAGGACGAAGACCGCCACCUGGGAUUCGUAGGCCACACCAACAUAUAGAAGCCUCGACCUGUGAUACAGAACCACCUGAAUGCGACUAAUGGUUUGGGAAGUGCGUUCAAUUUCUCAGUGAACGAUUUCAAAUUGGCUGCCAGUAGUCACAACAAUAACAGCAGCAGCAACAAUGGCGAUGCGAGCAGCAGCCACAAUACCAACAACAAACAUCAUAACAGGAAUCAGCAGCACCACCACGGGAGGGGAGGCAAGCAGCACAAUAAUAACCAAAAAAGAGAACCCAAGGUCCGAUACUUCAUAGUGCGUGCGUCGUCUAUAAUGCUGAUAACCGAGAGUCCUGAUCGAUGGAGUAUUUCAUCGUCGUUGCAACAGAAACUGAUAAAAUUGGUAAAGAAACAACCGCGUCUCAGCAUCAUCUUAUGUUGCCAAUCACAAAGCCAAUGCUUCUACGGAGCAGGUCGAUUAACCCAUUUGAAUCUGUUUUCCAAGAGCACGGUCUCCUUUGAAACGCUAAGUACCUUCGAGAAAAGCUUCCUGCGAGAAAGAGUACUGGAAGAAUACCUCGACGGAGAGGAGCUGUCGCCCUCCAGCGGGCAUGAGUUGAAGGAUUUUUUCAACUAG